AUGACUAAGCUCGGAAAAGUAAAAAGAGAAAUGCAUUCAGCUCAGCGUAGUAGUAUAACAAUCGGCAAAAAGCUGUAUGCUAUAAGGCGGCCACCUACAUACAUAGGGCUAGCCUGUUUGGAUGCAGCUUUUAUGCCAACCCGCACUUACGGUAAUCUUUCAAAGUUGAUUCGUCACCCGCGUGGAGUACUGCGAAUUCCGAGAAAGCAAAAGUCAAUUCCUUUCCAUUCGACUGGGUUUCUUUUCCAGCUAAGAAUUCCAAAAUUCCGUAAACAUGGACAUGAAUUUAAGGACGACUUUUCGCAGAGAAAUUCAUCAUCGGAUCAGAUGGAUGCACGUGAAAUUACGAUGAAAUCAAAGCUUUUGGUGCAGGGACCCGUAUGA